UCACAACAAUGGGUGGAAGAGUAUACCCGACCUCACACACCAGCCACCAAUAUAGUCCGUGUUUUAGUAGGCAACGAAGUAAUAUCGACAGCAGAAAGGAUGUAAAUUUUAAGUCUUGUUCCAGCCAUGCAGACCCUCCAAACAUCCUUUGUUGCAGCUUCGUUGGACGGUCAAAUCCGGGUCUCAACGCCUCACUCUUUAGGCAUUCUCUCGAAUUCAACCCCACCAUCCACAGGGAAAUUUAGACAAGGCUACGACACGCAUGUUCUCAAGCCAUUGCUUAGCUUCCGUAGGGAUACCAAUUCACCCUUCAUGGUGAAUCCCUAUCCAGUUUUUUACUGCUCACCAGAUACCCUUGAUUACACCCUGUUCCGGCCCAAUGCCGGAGUGUUCCGGCCCAAUGCUCAUUUAGACACGGUCUAUUCGGCCAUGAAACUCCUCGGUUUUGAUGAUCUAGACAUUGUCAUAGCUGAAACUGGUUGGCCAUCAUUGGGGGAUCCAAUCCAAGUUGGCGUUGAUGCAGAGACUGCAGCUGAAUACAAUGGCAAUCUUAUACGACACGUUACAUCCGGUGUUGGCACACCCCUUAUGCCAAACCGAACUUUCGAGACCUACAUAAUCGCACUUUUCGAUGAACAUCUUAAGCCAGGACCAACUUGUGAGAGGUAUUUCGGGCUCUUCCGACCAGAUUUGACACCGGCUUAUGAUAUCGGGAUCCUAAGGCCAACGGUAGCUGCUGCUGCUGCAAAUAUUCAGCAUGCUACAUGUCUGUUGGCAAGUGAGGCUAGAGAUGAUGCGUUCGUAACAACCACAACCCCGGUGCCUACGACCACACCGUCGUAUCAGAUGAGAAGGUAUGAUGGAAAGCAACGGCUGUGUCUUCUUGAGAUGAGCGCGGAUGAAAAUGGUUUGCGAAGGAAUAUUGAGCACGAGUGCAGCUCGCUCUCACCCAUCCAUGAAUGCAAGCUAUAA